UCAAAACAUGUUUCCAUUGUAGAAUGGGUGGCGAUGUAAGGCUAGCUGGUUUUUGUACUGUGUAGGUAGUUUUCGUACUAGCUAACUAACAACGACCUUCUUGAUAGCUACUUACUCUCUGGGUGGUGAAAAAACUUCUGAUACAUGUCUUCUUUUUGGGUGACAUUUUCCUAUCUACAAAGGCCAAAAGGGUCAGAAAUAUCAAUGUGGAGACCAAACUAAAUACUAAUAUGUGGCUUUAUUAUUUCCUGGCGUAUUAAGUUUACAGUGUCAGACUUAAACUAAAUUGUAUUUUACUGAAACAGUGCAAUGGAACCUUCGCGGAAAUACAAGCAAUGCAAUCGGGAUCGAGACGAACAUUUUGACGCUGACACACUGUCUUUGUAGUGCAAACAUUUUGGGAAUAGUUAGGGUUAGAAGAUAAUAAAGAAAUAUGUAUGAGAGAGAAUAAAGGUUGCGCCUUGCCAAAUGCAGUUACACCCAAUUACACUGUGUGUAGUUUAGGUGUGUAAUAGGCAAUUUGACUUGACAAACUUGAGAAACAGCCACUCUGAGAACCACGUUGCUCUUUCACAAAGUAUCAAGGCUCUCCCAUAAUGCUAAGAAUGUAUUUUAUAUAAUAUUAUUGAGCAUAUUGAUAUUCAACAUAUUCAGUAUACAAUUACUGUUUGUAAUGCUAAACUGCUCCACACUUAAUAGCAAUAUGUAAAUCUAACAAGAACACUAUAAUGUCAGGUAUUAAAAAGUAGGAGAACUCUGGGCUCAAGGAACAGAGCCAAAGACAUGCUAACUCUGCAAUCAGCCACACCCACUUUGGAUGACUCCCUCCUUCACUUACUCACUAAUACAUCUGGUCUGCUGUGAGUCACAUUUGGACAAUCCCUAAUCAAAACAUUGGCUGAACGGGUUGGAGAGAGGGAGUGAAAGAGGGGGAGGGUGACACGUGUAUGUAAUGUGAGUGUGUAUGUGGUACUGGAUAUAAAGAUGAGGACACACAGGAGACCGAGGUGUCCACAAACCUUGAUUCAACUCCAGAGUUGCAUAAUAAAAAGGUGACUCAAUGAACGUUUGCAACACUUUCCGCUUCUGUCUAGCAGGUAUAAAGUUGUGAGUUCAAAGAAGCAACUAUUAUGUUCUCAACUCCAUAUUUUCAAGUAAAUUAUAAGUUGUAUUUGUGUGAGUUUGUGUGUGUGAGUCUAUUAACCGUAAAGAAGAGCAGAUUUCCCAAGAGGUUGCUGUGUAGCCAUCUGCUCCACCCACCCUUCACAGCAUCCUUAGCUCUAACCUCCUGACCUAAAGACACUCCAUUGCUGAUCUCUGUCUGAUGCAAUCAUACCACACACACAAAUAUAAACACACAAUCAACAACACUAGGGUUUGCUGCACAGACACACUGACUUAUGUCGAGUAUUUCGGUUUGAGCAUGGGUUUACUGUGUUUAAACAGCAGAUAAACCUAUUCAGACAUAGAAUUGUCUAGGGGAAAAGGCCAAUCUGGCGUAGGUUUACUUUAAUUAACAUAUUUUAGUCGUAUCCCCCUGUCUCAUCGCACUGCAGCAAGUAUGAAAGUUGCAGCACGUGUGAUUGUUAUUGCAGUAUUCUCACUAUUUUAGAGUCUUAGUGCAGUUGCAUUAAAAUGUUUCGUUUAUGUAUUUUCAACCCCCUUGUUGUUGAGCCUUCAUCCUCUCUCUCACUCCCCCCCCCGACUCUCUCUCUCUCUUUAUCUCCCUCCCGUGCACCAUCCAUCGCUUCCCCGGAGUCGACAUUGGGAGCGCUCUAGCACCGAGGGAGUAGUGUGGAAUAUAACCCAGAGAACCGUCCACCGUACAGCGCUCGAGAGCAGGAGACUAAACAACGGACCGUUACCGUAUUCUUUACCAGCCCGAGACUCUUUGUCUUUGACUCUCUCCAAAUGCCAACUGUGCCCGCACUUUAGAAGCGACGGUUAACCCUGUGGAGUUUGAAACCAGCGGCCCAAACAUGCUGCACUAAACCUGUUUGUUUUUCGAUAAAAUAGAAGUAAGGGAAGUUCCGACUCACUUUUCUUUUCCACGUGAGCUGAGGAGAGCAUUUUAUUUUCAAUUUUGGUCUGUCCUUUCUUCCGCUCAUCACUGUCCCUUACUCUUCCCUUCACUCCCCUAGCUUGACUUGACGAGAAGCAUUUUUGUCGUUACGGAGUAAACCUGUUCACCCGGCACCCAUGAAUUCGGAUAUCAAUGUGUACCUCGGCCGGGAGAAAGCGGGCAUCAUGCGGAAGAGAGCUUUACUCCUUAGGAAAGGGUGCAGCUUUGAGAUUACAAGCUCAGCCUCUGAGGACCUGGGCUGUAGGCGUGGUGACUUCAGCCGAAAACACUAUGGCUCCGUCGAACUGCUGAUCUCCAGUGAUGCAGACGGGGCCAUUCAGAGGGCUGGACGCUUUAGAGUGGAGAACGGCUCAUCAGAUGAGACUACGGACUACACUCCAGGAACUUGGAGAAGAACCGAUGUCCAUCUGGAGAACCCAGAAUACCACACCAGAUGGUUCUUCAAAUACUUCCUGGGGAAAGUCCACCAGAACUAUGUGGGUACAGAUGCCGAGAAGAACCCUUUUUACCUGUCUGUGGUUCUGUCAGACCAGAACAACCAACGGGUCCCUCAGUACCGGGCCAUUCUCUGGAGGAAGAGUGGCACCCUGAAAAUCAGUCUGCCCUACAGUCCCACCAAAACACUAUCAGUCAAAUCCAUCCUAAGUGCUAUGAACCUAGACAGGUUUGAAAAAGGGCCCAGGGAGAUACUCAAUCCAGAUAUACAGAAGGACCUCCUGGUGUUAGAGGAACAGGAGGGUUCUGUCAAUUUUAAAUUUGGUGUUCUGUACGCCAAAGAUGGCCAGCUGACAGACGAUGAGAUGUUUAGUAAUGAAAUGGGCAGCGAAAGUUUUGAUAAGUUCCUAAACCUGCUAGGAGACAGCAUAUCCCUACAGGGCUGGGCAGGCUACAGAGGAGGCUUAGACACCAAGAAUGAUACCACAGGAAUGAACUCUAUCUACACAGUGUACCAGGGCCAUGAGCUGAUGUUCCAUGUUUCUACCAUGCUCCCCUACUCUAAGGAGAAUAAGCAGCAGGUGGAGAGGAAGAGACAUAUUGGGAACGACAUAGUCUCCAUCGUAUUCCAGGAGGGAGAUGACGCCUCACCAUCCUUCAAACCGUCCAUGAUUCGCUCCCACUUCACACAUAUUUUUGCAUUGGUCAGAUAUAACAGUCAGAACGACAGUUACAGGUUGAAGAUAUUCUCAGAGGAGAGUGUUCCCCUGUUUGGACCUCCCCUUCCCUCCCCACCUGUGUUUACAGACCACCAGGAAUUCAGGGACUUUUUGCUAGUCAAAUUAAUCAAUGGGGAGAAAGCCACCCUGGACACGCCUACGUUUGCUCAGAAACGUCAGAGGACUCUGGACAUGCUUAUCCGAUCCCUCUACCAGGACCUCAUCCCAGAUCUCCACAAGAACAUGCUGAACAGACGCUCCUUCAGUGACGUGCUCCCAGAGUCGCCCAAGUCCGCACGUAAAAAGGAGGAGGCACGACAGGCUGAGUUUGUCAGAAUAGGACAGGCGUUGAAGCUGAAGACCAUAGUGAGAGGAGACGCCCCCACCAGUUUGGUGACCACAGGCCUGUGUAGGAAGGAGCCCUGGGAGUCCCAGUCUUUCUGCAGUACAUUUCCCCAUGAGACCGUGUGUGCCGACUCCUGGGGUCAGUCACUGCUGGUUGCCACGGAGAUGGCAGGGGUAAUGUUAUUGGACGCACCUGAUCCAAUGCUUGCAAACACCGAACUUCCAGCGGUGCCUCCAGUGCAGGUGUUUGACAAGACCAUGGUGGUCAAGCAGAUGCACAUUCUAGAACCUCAGGACCUGCUCAUCACCCGGGCAGAUAAAGGGAAAGAUGCUCGUCUCUAUGUGUUCAGACUGAGCAUGCUCAAGAGAGGACUGGAGGAGAGGCAGCUGGUCAGGAGCAAGUGUGACAGCCGAGAGAACAAGCUGGAGAAGACUAAAGGCUGUCAUCUCUACUCCAUCAACACACACCACGGGGUGGAAUUGCGCAUCGUGGCGGCCAUAAGGAACAAGCUCCUCCUAAUCACCAGGAAACAGCCACGCCCUGACGGGUUUGGCGCCAUUGCCAUAGGAGCGGACUCACCAGUGGAGGAGUUCCAGUACAUACGGGAAAUCUGCCUCUGUGAUCCCCCAGUCGUCAUGGCGCUGGUUGACGGGCCGACGGGGGAAAAUGACAACAUGAUCUGUGUGGCGUACAAACACCAGUUUGACUUGAUCAAUGAGAGUACUGGAGACGCUUACCGGCUGCACCACGUAGAUGCCAACCGGGUAAACUUCGUGGCAGCCAUCGAUGUGUACGAGGAUGGGGAAGCAGGCCUGCUGCUGUGUUACAACUACAUCUGUUACUACAAGAAGGUGUGUCCAUUCAGUGGCUCCACCCCAAUGAUCCAUUCCAACGUCUCAGACUUCCACUUCAGUUGGAACCAGAUGCCCAACGCCAUCGUUUGUGCGUUCCCCUAUAUCCUGGCCUUCACCACAGACUCCAUCGAAAUCCGACUGGUUGUCAACGGCAAUCUGGUGUACACAGCUGUAGUUCCUGAGCUACAGUUGACUGCAUCCAGGUCGGACAUCUACUUUGUGUCAUCUGCUCCGGUCAACUCCGCCACCAACUGCAGCUCCAGAGACACCAGUUCCCAGAGUUCUCCUCAAACACCCACCGGAUACGAGAUGCCCGUGUUCCCCUCCCCCCUUGGCGAUGAUUCUAUACGGAUUCCGUACGGUACCAAGCUUUCCCUGUACGUGUCUAAGGACGCUGAAGGUGAAACCGCUUGUAAGCAUAUCUUCAAGAUUCCGCUGAGUAACCUGGUGGGUCGCAGCAUCGAGAGGCCUCUCAAGUCCCCGCUGGUCAACAAGGUGGUGACUUCCUCCGCCCCCCUUAGCAUGGUGGCCCCUACCCCCCUCAGCCCCGCCACACACUCCCUCUCGCUGUCUCGCAUGGAGAUCAAGGAGAUUGCCAGCCGCACGCGCAAGGAGCUGCUUGGUCUGACUGAGGAGCCGAGUGGUAAGCCAGACAACAGCACGGUCAAACAGAGGAAGAUGAGCAGGAAAACUACGGAGGAAGAGCCCCGGGCUCGGGCUUUGACGUCAACUAACGAAAGGAUUGGAUCUGAGUCAGCUGACACAGACUCUGAAGUUCAACGGCAUUGCUCCUCUGGCUCAGAGGCGGAGCCAGAGAAAACAGUGCUCGGCGAGGAGACUCCCCCCCUUCUGACCAACCCCUUCACCCUCUCCACCUCCUUCGAAGAAGAUGUCCUGGACCUCAAGUGAAGACAAUCCCAUCAUGCACUUCUUCACCCACCUCAUUCACACAUCUUUGGGCUCAUCCUUUCCUUGUGUGGGUUGGUUUUGCUUGUUGUUAGAUUAUUUUACUUGUUUAUCUCCCUGUUGCUUGCCUCCAGACCCCUUUUACCCUACCAUCAGGCCUGGAGUGUGAAGGUGUGUGUGUUCGUAAGUGUGUGUGUGUGUGCUGUGUGUUGUGUGUGUGAGUGUGUAUCUAACAGCCGCGAACAAACCCAAAGAAAUGAAGAGGUGGCAGGUGUUGACAAUGUCAGGGAAGAGUUCAGUGAGUUUUGCUUAUGGUUUCCCCCAACAAACCAAAACUGAAUGUAAACACACCAAGGCACGAAGACGAACCCUGUGGUUCAAACUCCCUUUCUGUUCCUGCAGCUCCCCGAUUUGCUGCAUAUUAUUAUGUGAUGAUUUCCACUUUCAAAUGUUGUGUAAUAUAUGCAUAGCUAUUCGUACAUCUGUUUAUAUGUUAAGAUGCAUACACAUGGAAAAACAUUGUAUACCUUUAUAGAUAUAUGAGAAAAAUACAAUUAAGUCACUUAUUUAGUAAAUGUAUUGUUUUAUGCUCUACACGUUGGCCUGUCUUGUUUAUUCCUUCAUACAACAAGUAGACAGACUGACAGACAGACAGGUACAAUGAUGCAUAGAUGAUCUGGUAUGCAGGCAGACAGGUGAACCAACAAACUAGUUGACAGACAGUUACGAUGAUGACAAGUAGAGAGAUAGGAUAUUAGGUACUGCAGACAAGAACUGUACAUAGUUGGACAGGUAUGUAGUUAGGGAGACAGACAAGUAGAGGGCCAGCUAGAUAGAGAGACAGGUGGACAGAUGAACCAGAAAGGUAGACAGGUACUUAGAUAGAGAGGCAGACAGGUGGACCGAAAGUGGAAUCUCCCAGAAGUGCCAAUCGUCAGCAUACUCCACAAAACUACAGUUCCUAUGAUGCAACUGCCUCUCCAGACCUACUGGUCCUAUAGCAUUCAUGUCUUGAGGGUUGCACAGGGCAGCAUCCAACCACUGGUAGUGUUAUCACGUCAGCAUUGAUGUUCAUUCUGAAACUCACAAACCCACUACAUGGUCCUAUGUAGCUUGUAUGUAUAAAAAAAACGUCCUCAUAAGGUAUCUAUGUAUUCUCCAUGAAGAUCAAUCUCAGACUUGUGAGUUUGGAAGGUGGAAUACUGAGCUCACCAAGUGCAAUGGGACAGGAGAAAACAGUCAGUGACUAAUGCAUGCACAGCCAGAAGUCAGUUAAAACAGCAUUAAGACACAGCCAUAAUCCAGAAUAACUCUAAUAGCAAAUACAAUAUAACUAACACUGUUGAGAGUCCAUAUGUUGACGACAGGAAAUUAGCGUUGGAACUCUCAUAUUGGCGCAAGUGUCUUAUUUUCUUGCAAAAUGGAACCCCUUUUUGAAAAUGCAUGAACACCCCCUUCUCCCUGAUACUCUCCACUCUCUUUCACCCACUCUUCUCUGUUACUCACUGUGUUUGACUGAGUCAAUGUGCAUCCCCUCAACUAUUACACAACAUAGGGUGUUCAAAAAAAUGAAAAAACGUGAUUUAUUUUUACAAGAAAAGUAUACUUGUUCUUCAAUAUUUUGGUUCCUAUAACAUAUGGGUCAACAGGAGGUUGCUGUCUGAAGAUUUCUAAUACUGCUUAAUCACUUUGAUUGUUACUCCCUUUUUCCUCUCUUUUUGAUUUUGGCCCACCCUCUUCUGUUUUUCUCCUUCCCCUUGACGUUUUCACAGUGGUUUUGUAUCUAAAUCAAUAUUUACUGUUUAGACUGUUGCUGAACCUCUCUGUGAUAUCAAAAUGACAAAAAAAUGACAAAAAAACACCAAGUGUCUUAAAAUAUUGUAUCGCCAUUGUUUUUAAUGCCAAGUACUACUUGUAAAUGUUUGUGUUUAAAAUUGUGGCCUCAAAUGAAACUAAAAUAUUAUUCUAAUUAUUAUUAAUAUUAUUUGAACAAUUAUUUUAAACAAGUGCUGUAGACCACUGCUGUGAGAGUAGUCAUUUCUGUUCAUUGAUAUGUAAUAAAUAUUUAUGGAAUUUGA